AUGCCGCCAGUCAUCAGCCCCACCAUGUUCUUUAACAUUGCCAUGAAUUCCAAGCCCUUAGGCCACACCUCUUUUGAGUUGUUUGCAGUCAAACUUUCAAAGAUAAUAGAGAACUUUCAUGCUCUGAGCACUGGGGAGAAAGGAUUUGGUAACAAAGUUUCCAGUUUUCACAGGAUUAUUCUGGGAUUUAUGUGCCAGGGUGAUGACUUCACAGGCCAUCAUGGCACUGGUGGCAAGUCCAUCUAUGUGGAGAAAUUUGAUCAUGAGAAUUUCAUCCUGAAGCACACAGGUCCUGGCAUCUUGUCCAUGGCAAAUACUGGACCCAGUACAAAUGGUGCCCAGUUUUUCAUCUGCACUGCUAAGACUGAGAGACUGGAUGACAAGCAUGUGGUCUUUGGCAAGGUGAAACAGGGCAUAAAUAUCUUGGAAGCCAUGGAGCACUUUGGGUCCAGGAAUGGCAAAACCAGCAAAAAGAUAAUCAUUGCUGACUAUAGAUAA